UACACAACAAUAAGCGUUGCUGCGACUGCGCCGAGCAAUGGAGUAGGCAGCACAAAACUCGAUCUCAAUCCACAGAGUAGCGGAGCGGAGAGGGAGAGUCAGGAACAAUGGAGCGCGCGACGCAGUCCCUUGUGAGCAAUGUUGGGCAGCUGAUGGCCAACGAGUUCUGGCUGCUCCGCGCCGUGGGCAGCGAGGUCGGCGAGCUGAGGGACGAGCUGGCCACCAUGAACGCCGUCCUCCGGAUGCAGUCCGAGACCGAGGACGGCGCCGUGGACCACUUCAUCCGGGAGUGGAUGAAGCAGGUGCUCGAGCUGGCCUAUGACGCUGACGACUGCGUCGACCUCUACAUACUCCGCAUCAAGCGCCGCCCGAGCGACGGCUUCCUCGUCAGGUCCAAGCGCCUGCUCGCGACUCUUUUCCCUCGCCGUCUCCUCGCCGGCAGCAUCAGGACCCUGCGCGCCCGAGCCAUCGCCAUCAGCGAGCGUCAUGCUCGCUACAGCGCUAGCUGCCAGGCACUACGGCUGGAGGCCAAGUUCGACCGCCAAGCGCAAGUGUCCGUGUCUCAGGCGUUCGACGGCGGGAACGACCUGCGGGCACUGCUGAAGCGCGUUCUUGAGCAGAUUGUCACCGUCAAGUCAAAGAAUGAGAAAGUCACCGAGGAAGAAGAGAAACAGGAUUCCGUGGGUGACAUUGACGGAAUGGAUGUGGAGAAGCUCACCAGCACGCUCAAGGAACAACUCAAGGACAAAAGGUACCUUAUUGUGAUUGAUGAUGUAUGGACAAUAGCAGCGUGGGCUGCAAUUCUGUCCAAAUUGCCAAAAAGCACAUGUGGCAGCAGAAUCAUUGUGACCACUCGGAUAGAUAGUGUGGCAAAAGAAUGCAGUGGAGGUAGUGUAGGUAAAUACUACAGUAUCAAGCCGCUCAAUUUGGAAGACUCCGAGAAGUUGUUUAUUAGGAGAGCAUUUGGCCCCAAGAGUACCUCUUGCCCAGGUGAGCUGAAAGCUGCAAUGGAUAAUAUUUUGAAGAAAUGCAAUGGACUACCGUUGGCCAUUGUUAGCAUUGGAAGCCUUUUGGCAAGCUAUUCCUCUCCAGAGAGCAGCCAUAUGAGGGAAACAAUUUGUAGAUCAAUUGGUGCACAGAUGGAGAGCAACCCAACCCUUGUGGGAAUGAGGAAAAUCAUUACACUUAGCUUCAACUACCUGCCUCAUGACCUCAAGCGUUGCAUGAUGUACCUCUGCAUUUUUCCAGAGGAUUACCAGAUCAGCAAGGAUCGGCUCCUGAGAAGAUGGAUUGCCGAAGGAUUGAUACCUGAGAAGCGGGGGCUUACUUUGAUGGAGACUGCAGAGGCCUACUUCAAUGAGCUAGUGAAUAGGAGUAUGAUUGACCAAGCCGGCUGUAUAGUCACAUACUAUAAUAGGGUGGAUGUGUGUCGGGUGCACGACAUGAUGCUUGAGGUCAUGGUGUCCAAAUCCCUGGAGGCUAACUUUGUUAGCUUGGUAGGGGUUCAGUAUGAAGGGAUGUCAUAUGAUAUUGUCCGCCGCCUUUCCGUCCAUGAUUCAGAAAAUGGGGGGAAAUACUCUCAAUCCGAGAGAACAGCAACGGGGAGAGGUAUGGUGAACAUUAUUGAGGGGAUGAACGUGCAGCAUGUUCGAUCAUUGACCACAUUUCAGUACGAAGGCCACAAGUUGCUACUUGAUCAACUAGGAAAGUUCAAACUGCUGAGAGUACUUGAUCUGGAAGAUUGCAAGGACCUAUUGAACAAGCAUUUGAGGUACAUUUGCAAGAUGUGAAGGAAAUAUGCCCUAGAGGCAAUAAUAAAGUUAUUAUUUAUUUCCUUAUAAUCAUGAUAAAUGUUUAUUAUUCAUGCUAGAAUUGUAUUUUCCGGAAACAUAAUACAUGUGUGAAUACAU